AAAUGGAAACGAUUUAAGGGUGCAGUAUUUGAGGAGAAUAAAACAGGACGAGCCCGCCUGGAGCUGUACACUUCGGAUUCGCAGGUUGCCGCUUUGACGCCAGCGAAAAGUAUACUUCUUACAGACUGUCUUGCCAUUCGCAUUGUCUAUUUCCGGAACACCAUUAGCAGUAAGUUUUCACUGAAUUCAUUUCGUGGACCGUUUGAGAUCAUAGGCUACGGAAUUCCGAUUGCAACUUAUUUGUGCGCUUUUGUACCAUCUCAGAAAGGCACAUUUGCCAAUUCAGGAAAAGGCAGUAAUCUUUUCUUAAUUGCUCUGAAUAAUUUUUUUUUUGAUGCUGCAGGCGACAAUCGUAUCAUUCAAAUUCAGCAGAAAAAUGCUCCAGUUUUGUUAAUAGCUGUAGAAGAUGUUGAAGAUUGGCACUACGUUCUGUGCAAAGUGGCAUUCCCCGAUCAGGUUUAUUUCUUCAUCACGCACGUAAUUCAUCUAGUCCAUCGGUGCUGA